UAUACGCAAAUAUGUGUAUUUUUUCUUUCUCUCGGAGGAACAAGAUUUAUUCGUUAAACAUUUAUAUUAUUUUGCAGGAGACACUCGGAAAGUAUCGCCGAGUACGUAAGAAUCUAGAAUCGUCUAGAAAGUAACGGCGAAAGGUGCGUUCACUCGCGGUUAUUUUGUAAGCAUGACGUGGAGAGUCACGUUUUCCAGACUUGUCUGUCGACGGGACGUACGCGUAUAACUUUGCGCGCAUUACACAAAAAAUAAAAUAACGAUAAGCCGGCGAUAAGAACAAUGAACAACGCAGCGUUUUGCUAUUAUCGACAAAUGCGUGACACUUUGACGAUAGAAAAGCAGCAUUAGUGCAUUACUAUUAACGUGUGUAUUAACGUGAAAAAUUUUUUAAAUAACAGAUCCAUCGUUCUAGAAUUAUCAAGGCUAGUCAUUCGCACGACCGCAGUGUUCACCGAGUCACUCACUGACACUUCGUUACAAAGCUAAAUUGAAGACCUCCAGCGCUCUCGACUCUAUCGAUCGAUGAAUCAUCUCGUAUGCAAAUUUAUGCGCUCCGAAAAAUUAUUCUAAGCAGAUUCACGUGUAUAUGUAUUAAAGUAGUAGUAUUAUUUAUUAUUAGAUGUAUCACUUUUUCUUGCUUUUAAAAAAUUACCGUCUCUUCUUGACAUAAUUGAUGUUCAAAACUUAUUUAUGAAACUUAUUUAUGAAGCAAGAGAAUUACAUUGCAAAUAUUUAACAAAUUUUGUAUACGUAUGUAAUGCGAGUAUUUGUGAUGAUUUUACUUCGUGAGAUUUUUGACGGAAAUGAAGGAGGAUCAUAUUUUAUAUACGAUUGUAUUGUCUGUCAGCCGACACAUAUCGCAAUAUGGCAUUUAUUCCGACGCAAACAGCAGUUUGAGAUGAGAUCGGUUAAUCGUUUCUAAUCGUAAUAUUCUAAUGGAACUGAUAUUGGUCGUCACGUGUUUGUAGAGUACAUCUAAUGUAUUAUAAAUUGAAAUGUGCACUUUCUAUAUUGGCGUGUCAGGAUCGGAUGUGAAGCGUGAGUUGCUACGCUUCGAGAUUUUGAAAUUUGUACACUUGAUUCGGAGUUUGGCGACAAUUAAAAAAAGAAAAUAAACGGUUAAAAAUGAAACGGAAUUGGCAAGACGGAAAGUUCGUUUUACACAUAUGUUUACAUCCAUGUGUUAUCUUUGCUGUGAGACUGACUCACCUGAUAAUCUAAUCAAACAAAAUGAAACGCGGUUUGAAUUUAUCAAAUCAUUCAAAAAAUCGAACUAUGCAUUUUAACAUCAACGUCUUCGUCGAAGUGAUACUGGACAUUCGGAAAUUUUAUUCCGCCGCGACUGUCGUAUUCGCCCAUCCCGGAGACGAGUACGGCGACUACGGAGAUUUAACAAUUACGCACUUGGUGCAUACCUCCUCCAAGUUGUUGGGCAAGCACUACGUGGUGACUUUGGACGUGCACUUCAGAAGACUGUGGAGAUCUCUCAGAUACUAUCAUCGAAUAGUUCAGCCCAUUGUUAUUGUUAUUAUGCCCACUUUCGAGUCGUAUUUGGAAUUUAAGAAGGCAACCGAUACCUAUCCCAUGUCUUUUCCGGUGUGGUUCGUGCUGUUUCUCUUCACACCCGGCAACGACACGCACGAUCAUUGCCAGAAUCCGAUAGGCAAUCCGUUCAACUUGCGAUACGACACGCAGAUGCUGGUAUUGUGUAACAGAGCGGACAUCCUGCAGGAAUGGUACUCGAUCAAGGGCAGAACUACGAGGAUCUUCGAUGUGGCGAAAUGGGAAGAUGACAAAGGAUUUGUUCCCUUGACAAAACUAUCUCUUUACGAUCGCAGAAAGGAUCUGAACGGAACUGUUCUGCGAACCGUCACAGUUAAGGAAAAAUUUGCGAUUUUCUAUGUGGAUCGAAAUCAGGACGUGCCAAUUUCAUCGACGUUCGGCGGGAACUACGUGUCCAGUUUGUAUGGAAAAGUAUUGGAAGAGCUUACGCAGUCUCUCAAUUUUACUCUGGACAUCGUAUCCGAGGUGAAUGAGCACGGAAUGUGGAAUCCUCAAAAUAAAACCUGGUCCGGAGCGAUAGGCGAGAUAGUGUCGGGUCGCGCGGAUUUUGCCAUCGCCGAUAUGUCGAUGACGAGCCUCCGAGUGCGCUACGUCGACUUCACAUUGCCUCUGAUAAUAUCCAAGAGCAGCCUCUUUUUCAAGGAACCGGAAUUAUGCGGUGUCAAGUGGUUCGGUUAUUUCCAGACUUUUCAUAUACACACUUGGGCUGCGAUUAUUACCGUAAUCGCGAGCACGCCGAUCCUGUUGUUCUUGAUGAAAUUAUGUAGCAAAUCUCAAGAUAAUUCGAAUCUUUCUGACAAUUUCCUCUACAUUUGGGGUAUCUUCUGCCAGCAGGCGCUUAUAGAGUUUCCAAAAUAUUCGUCGCUGCGAGUCGCUUACUUCACAAUAUUUUUAACGGCAAUAUUGAUAAUGGCGUACUAUUCAGCGGCUUUAGUUUGUUUUCUGACGUCGUGCGCUCACGUUUUGCCUUUCCGAACAAUGGACGAGUUUCUCAACGACGGUACUUACAAAUUAAUAGUCCCACGCGGCGGUUCCGAUUACGACGUAGUUGCUGCUUCGUCAGAAUUUUACUCAGUAAAAAUGAUGACGGUAAUGAAGCAAGAAUCCGAACUUCCGAUGUCUUUAAUCGACGGCUUCGUACAAUUAUGUACUGAAAAGAAAGUGGCUUAUUUUGUGCUGAACGCUUUGAAGAAAAGCGUGGAGAUGAGGAUUCCGUGUAAACUAUCUAGUAUUAGCACGGAAAAAAUAGAUAACCUGGGACUGGUUCUCUCGAAAGACAAUCCGUACACAGCCGUGAUAAAUUAUCAUUUGCAGAAAUUUUUGGAUAACGGCAUGAUGAUGCGCUUAAAAGAUAUGAAAUAUUUAAUGCAACAGGUCGAAAAUAAAGCUUACGAGCCGGUUCAUGUAAUUAGCGUUGUUCCAAUAUUGGCGAUCCUCUGUGGAGGCAUUAUUUUAAGUGUCAUUGUACUAAUUAUCGAAACCACUUAUUACCGAUACAAGAAAACGAAACUUCAAUCGAGAAUUUUUUAUCGUUCAAGAAAACGACCGUUUGUGAAGAAAUAAGAAUAAAAGUUGUUUGACACUCUCUUUCUCGCGAUUCUAUGGACAAAUUUCUGUACUUUUCUCUUAAGUAGUGAAACAGCAACAACUUCUAUAUAAAUAUAAGCCGCUAAUAAAUAUCUAUCUUGCAACUUGACUCAAAGUAAACAUCAAAGUAAAGUAGCUUUUUACAGCGCUUGAUAUAUUUAAUCGACAUAUGACAGUUUGAGGUGAGAUCAGAAUAUCUCUAUUAAUUGUUUUUUUGUUCUUUUUAUAUGUAGAAUAUUUACGUAGAAUAUCGACGCGGUUACACUUACGUAGUACAAGUUUAUCGAUAUAUAUAUGCAAGUCAUGUUCACUUUAUCGAGAAGGAGACAGAAACUUCUUUGUAUCGAUUUUUGUUACUAUAUAUGUAUGUAACCAAGUUUUCCGUCUCGCUCGCACCGAAUAA